AUGAUGAACAGUGGAGUGAUCGGCGUGCCGCUCGGCUUCCCCUUGGGCCCUACGCCUGUCAUUCAGGUCACGAACCUGUCUUCGGCAGUGACUAGUGAGCAGAUGCGGACUCUCUUCGGCUUCCUGGGAGAUAUAGAGGAGUUGCGCCUCUAUCCUCCGGACAAUGCACCUCUUGCAUUUUCCUCCAAAGUAUGUUAUAUUAAGUUUCGCGAAGCAUCGAGUGUUGGCGUGGCCCAGCAUCUAACUAACACAGUUUUUAUUGACAGAGCUUUGAUAGUUGUGCCCUGUGCAGAAGGUAGAAUCCCAGAUGAAGCCAAAGCCCUUUCUCUAUUGGCACCUGCUCCUACUAUGACAAGCCUGAUGCCUGGUGCAGGGUUGCUUCCUAUACCUGCCCCAACCUCUUUGACUACACUCAGUGUUUCACUUGGCACUUUGGGGGCUAUACCAGCAGCAUUGGACCCUAACAUUACAGCCCUGGGAGAAAUACCACAGCCACCAAUUAUGGGGAAUGUGGACCCAUCUAAAAUUGAUGAAAUCAGAAGAACUGUCUAUGUUGGAAAUCUGAAUUCACAGACUACAACAGCAGAUCAGCUGCUUGAAUUCUUUAAGCAAGUUGGAGAAGUCAAAUUUGUGCGAAUGGCAGGUGAUGAGACGCAACCAACACGAUUUGCUUUUGUGGAAUUUGCAGACCAAAAUUCUGUACCUCGAGCUCUUGCCUUUAAUGGAGUCAUGUUUGGAGACAGGCCACUGAAAAUAAAUCACUCCAAUAAUGCAAUAGUGAAGCCCCCUGAAAUGACACCACAAGCUGCUGCCAAGGAACUAGAAGAAGUGAUGAAGAGAGUAAGGGAAGCCCAGUCUUUCAUAUCUGCUGCUAUUGAGCCAGAGUCUGGAAAGAGCAGUGAAAGAAAAGGCGGUCGAUCUCAUUCCCGUUCUCGUUCAGAAUCCAGGUCUAGCUCAAAAUCCCGAUCUAGAAGGAAAAGAUCGCAUUCGAAACACAGAAGUAGAUCUGGCAACAGGUCGCUCUCAAGACACAAGGACAGAUGCAGAUCCAGAAGUCCCCUGAAAAAACGGUCUAGAUCUAGGGAAAAGCGGAAAUCAAGAAGUCGCUCUCACUCUCGGGACAAGAAAAGAGACAAAGAAAAGGUCAAGGAAAAAGAAAAGGCCAAAGAAAACGAGAAAGAGAAAGACCAGGACAAAGACAAAGAAAGAGAAAGAAAGCAAGAUAAAGAGAGAAACAGGGAUAAGGACAAGGAGAAGGACCAGGAGAGAGAGAGAGGGCAAAACAAAGAUCAAGAGAGAGUCAGAGACAAGAACAGAAACAGGGGCAAGGACAGGGAAAAGGACAAAGAUAAGGAGAAGGAAAAAGACAGGGAAGAGAGAGACCAGAACAAGGAAAAAGAUGAUGUUGAGAAAGAGGGGGAGAAGGACAGAGAGAAGAUUAAGGACAAGGAGGAAGAUAAGGACAAAGGAGGGGACAAAGAGGACAGAGACAAAGAAAAGGAAAAAGAUGAGGAUAAGGAGAAGAAGGAGCGAGACAGAGAAAAAGAGAGAGAUGAGAAAAAGAAGAAAGAGAAGAGAUCCAGAACACCCCCAAGAAGCUAUAACUCUUCAAGAAGAUCUCGUAGCUGCAGCAGAGAAAGGCGUAAAAGGAAGAGCAGAAGUCCCUCCAAGUCUCCUAAAACAACAAAAAGAAAGUCUUCACAAACUCCUUCUCCGAGAAGAAACAAAAAAGAAAAAAAAAAAGAAAAGGAUACAAAUAAUGAAAGAAGAGAGAGGGAACACUCCACCUCCAAGAAAAAAAGUAGCAAAGAAAAAGAGGGAAAGGAGAAAUCUGACAAAAGCACCCCUACUUUGAAGGACAAAGAUCACACUAAAGAGAAUCUGAAUUCAGAAACUGACAAGGAAGUAGGCAAUAGAGAUACACAAAGGACAGAUGAACUCAAACUACAACAGAAUGGGAACUGUCAACCAAAUGACAAAAAUCUGUCAGUUAAAAUGGUUUAA